ACUCCAUGAUUUCUUCUCUCCGCCAAGCAAAAAAAAACCAAACGUAAACGAAAGGUGUUUUAUAAGACGCUGCUAAGCUAACACAGAGAAAACCAGACAAACCAAAAAAAGAAUGGCAGAACCGGUGACCAACGAAGCCCAAGACAUGGUUCCCAGGGUCAUAUGUUUAUUGUCUUCUUUGUUGGAAAGAGUAGCAGAGUCCAAUGAUCAUUACCGGUUGUUGAAGUCGCAGAAGAUGUCAUUUUUUCAUGGCACUACGAGGCCUACUAUUUCCAUCAGAAGCUAUCUCGAGAGGAUCUUUAAGUACGCAAAUUGUAGCCCUUCCUGUUUUGUGGUUGCCUAUGUCUAUCUUGAUCGGUUCGUGAAGAUGCAGCCGUCUUUGCCUAUCGAUUCUUACAACGUACAUAGGUUGCUCAUCACCAGUGUCUUGGUUUCCGCCAAAUUCAUGGAUGACAUGCAUUACAACAAUGCUUACUAUGCCAAAGUGGGUGGAAUCAGCACGGCAGAGAUGAACCUUCUUGAAUUGGACUUUUUAUUUGGUUUGAGCUUCCAAUUGAAUGUGACACCUACAACUUUCCAAACCUACUGCACUUCUCUCCAAAGGGAAAUGUGGAUGCGAAUUCAAUCCCCUCUACAACAUUUCCCUCAAUCUGUUAAGAUCCAUUGUUGUUUAAAUGAAGAUGAAUCCAACCAUCACCAGCAACUUGCUGUUUAGGUCAUUGUUCUUGUGGUGUUUAUCACAGACAAGGCCACUGAUGUCGUGUUUCGUGACCCCAAAAAUGAAGAUGUUGGCUCAGCACUUUGAUUUCAGACAUGGAAGUCAAAAAUCUCAUUUGGGUUUCUCUGCUUUUCUCUCAAUGUGCUGUAAGAACAUUCCAAACUUCACCCUAAUUUAGUGCAAUUAUAUUUGAA